CCGCCGCCGCCUCCGCCCCGCUCCCACCGGCGGCUCCGCUCGCCGCUCUCCAGGCCCGCCGCAACGCGGGGCUGGCGGGCAGAGCCGCCCCCGCCGCCGCCGCCGCCGCCGCCCGCGCCGCUCCCCUGCCCGGCUCGCCGGCCCCGGGCGCGGGGGAGCGGCCGAGCCCGCCCGCCGGGUGCAUGGACAGGAGCUCCCUGCUCCAGCUCAUCCAGGAGCAGCUCGACCCCGAAAACACUGGCUUCAUUGGGGUGGAGACGUUCGCCAGCCUCGUGCACAGCCAUGAGCUGCCCCUGGACCCCGCCAAGCUGGACAUGCUGGUGGCCCUGGCGCAGGGCAACGACGAGGGGCAGGUCUGCUAUCAGGAGCUGGUAGACCUGAUCAGCAGCAAGCGCUCGAGCAGCUUCAAGCGCGCCAUCGCCAACGGGCAGCGAGCGCUGCCCCGCGACGUGCUGCUGGAUGAGACUGGCCUGGGCUUCUACAAGCGCUUCGUCCGCUACGUGGCCUACGAGAUCCUGCCCUGCGAGAUGGACCGGCGCUGGUACUUCUACCAGCAUCGCACGUGUCCACCCCCGGUCUUCAUGGCAGCCGUCACCCUCACGCAGAUCAUCGUGUUCCUCUGCUACGGGGCCCGCCUGAACAAGUGGGUGCUGCAGACCUACCACCCCGAGUACAUGAAGAGCCCCCUGGUCUACCACCCCGGGCACCGGGCACGCGCCUGGCGCUUCCUCACCUACAUGUUCAUGCACGUGGGGCUGGAGCAGCUGGGGUUCAACGCCCUCCUGCAGCUGAUGAUCGGGGUGCCCUUGGAGAUGGUGCACGGCAUCCUGCGCAUCAGCUUCCUCUACCUGGCCGGCGUCCUGGCAGGCUCCCUCACUGUCUCCAUCACGGACAUGAGGGCCCCCCUGGUCGGGGGCUCGGGGGGCGUCUACGCACUCUGCUCGGCCCACCUCGCCAACGUCGUCAUGAACUGGGCUGGGAUGCGCUGCCCCUACAAGCUGCUGCGGAUGGUGUUGGCGCUGGUGUGCAUGAGCUCCGAAGUGGGUCGCGCUGUCUGGCUGCGCUUCUCGCCGCCGCUGCCGGCCUCGGGCCCCCAGCCCAGCUUCAUGGCACACUUGGCGGGGGCCAUUGUGGGCAUCAGCAUGGGGCUGACCAUCCUGCGCAGCUACGAGGAGAGCCUGCAGGACCAGUGCGGCUGGUGGGUCCUGCUCCUCUCCUAUGGCACAUUCCUCCUCUUCGCUGUCUUCUGGAACAUCUUCGCCUACGACCUGCUAGGGGCACAGAUCCCUCCCCCGCCGUAACCCACCUCCCUCUCCCAGCCCUUUGGGUUUGGGUUGCUGGUUGAGCCCCAGAUGAGAUGAAGGGGGGAGGUCCCCGCGCGUGACAUGGGGACAGGCCACCCCCCUGUUGCCUGCCCCCUCGGUGCUAGAGAGCGCGCUGCCCCCCGUGGGCUCCACCUCCCCUCCUUCAUGGGUUCCACCUGCCCCAUGGGCUCCAUCUCCCCUCUUUCAUAGGUUCUACCUGCCCCAUGGGCUCCAUUCCCCCUUUUUCAUGUGUUCCACCAGCCCCAUGGGCUCCAUCUCCCCCCACGGGCUCCAUCUCUCCUCUUUCAUGGGUUCCACCUGCCCCAUGGGCUCCAUUCCCCCUCUUUCACGGGUUCCACCUGCCCCAGGGGCUCCAUCUCC